GACAUCACAAUACUUUUACGCAUGCGCUGUGUUAUAAGAUGGCUGCCAAAGUUGUAUUUUUGUGAUGUCGUUUUCAUUUCAUUUGUGGUGGUCAGUGAACGGAUCAUUCGGAAUUUUAAUCAGAGUUGGUAGUAGAUUCUUAUAACAAUAAUUCUGUUAGAUGAGAUAUAAAUGGAACCUAUUUAUGAUGACACCUAUGGGGGUAGAGCCCUAAAUCUUGCUCCAAUUGAGAUGAAUGGCACUAAAAAGAAAAAGAAGAAAAAGAAGAAGCACCGGAAAGCGCAUGAGGCCAAAACCAUAUCCAAGAGAAUAGACUAUAUAUUGGUGUACAAGCACCGUGAAGAACAUUCCUUUGACACAGUGGAGGAGUUUGAAGAGUACAACAAGGAGAAAGUGCUCCGAGAUCGAUUCCAGGAGGCUAUGGUCACCAAGGAGCGUUUGGAGGUCCAAGAGGAGACGGUAGGAGAUCACACCUAUGUCAAGAUUCACUGCCCAUUCAACAGGCUUUGCAAGGAAGCAGAAGAUAUCAAUUUGGAGAUGCCACUCAAAGGGGCUGCGAUAAUCCCGAACAAAAAGCAUGGAUGCAUAGCUUCAAUUGAGAAAAGGUUAAAGACUGAUGAUGAAUUGGACUUUGUGAGUGCUCCAUUCUGUGUUCAGAAGAGGAAUAUCUUUGAUGGGAUUGAUGAUCCUGAGACAUUCUUUAGAUCAGCUUCAAGAAGUUAUCUGACUCAUCAUAUAUUGAUUAACAUGGAUGUCAGAGAUCCUGGAGAUAAGAGUGAUAAAGAUUCAAUGAGGAGAAAGGGACUACCAUACAUGAUUUUGAGGGGCAUCUAUGUAGAUGGUUUCAUUCUCCAUGAUGAGUCAUUAUACGAGGACUUGGAUGAGGAUGAGAGAGAUGCAAUGAGAAAAGAGAGCGAAAGGAUGGGACACUUCCAAGCUAAUCUGGAUCCUAGAGAGGAUAUGCAAAGAACAUGGGUGAGAUUCUUCAAGUACCAACCAUUAUGGAAGAUCAGGAAUUACUAUGGAGAGCAGAUUGCUUUCUACUUUGCAUGGGCAGGAGCAUUCGCCACUUAUCUCUGGAUACCAAUGCUCAUGGGUCUCGCAAUUUGGGGAUAUGGACUAUUCCUCAGCAUUGAGAAUUACCAAGAUGGAGUGGAAGCGAAAGAGAGGCAGAGAGAGCUGAUGGAGGAACUACAAAGGAAUCAGAGCAUUUAUAAUCUGAGUGAUGCAGAUGAGAGUCUGUUAGCAAAUCUUACUCAGCAACUAGAGGACGAAUCUCUCCUUACCAUGAUUACAGAUGCAGGCCUAACAGUGUUCAAGAACUCCUUCGACUCAGAUGUGACUCCAUAUUAUGCUCUUGUUAUUUGCCUUUGGGGUACAAUAUUCCAGGAAGUAUGGAAGAGAAAGCGAGUGAGGCUGGCCUAUGAAUGGGAUGUUGAUGGCUAUGAUAUGUCAGAACCUGACAGACCUGAGUUCUAUGGUACCAAGGAGAGGCCAGAUCCUGUAUCUGACCUGCCAGAUUGGUACUACCCAUUCUACAAAAGCUUCCUGAAAUUCAUGGCAUCGUUUGGUAUCCUUGUAUUUAUGGCAAUGCUUGUUAUCGUGAGUGUUAUCAGUGUGAUCAUCUAUAGAUUAUUCACAGCUGCUCUUCUCUCUGACUCAGACAGUGUGGUGCAACUUCUCGUCUCUGUCUUGGUCUCAUCUCUUCUAAACUCAAUAUCCAUUCUCAUCUUGGGAAAAAUAUAUGAAAAAAUUGCAGUAAAGCUGAAUAAUUGGGAGAAUCACAGAACAAAGAGUACAUAUGAAAAUGCUCUCAUUGUGAAGCUCUUUGCCUUCCAGUUUGUCAACAGUUAUUCAUCUCUCUUCUAUAUUGCCUUCUUCAGAGAUCAAUCUGGUUCAGAUUCAUUUCUUGGCAUAGAAGGUUUGAGGGAUUCCUGUACGGACAAUAACUGUAUGUCUAUGUUGUCUCUGCAAGUCUUUGUACUCAUGUUGGUCAAACCAGUUCCCAAGUUCCUCAAAGAUGUCAUCCUCCCAUGGUUGAUCAGGAAGUUUAAGAAGCGGACAUGCUGUCGGCCAAGCCAGGUCAAAGACCUUGACAUGGAGAAGAUGAGUCCUCAUGCUCAGUAUCUUACGAGAGAAAGGAACAAGCCACCUGUAGGUGACCUCACACUAGGCGAAUACAAUGAGAAGGUCAUUCUCUAUGGUUUCCUUAUGAUAUUUUCUUCUGCACUGCCUAUUGCUCCCCUCAUCGCUAUCACUGUUCUGCUCCUGGAUAUCAGAAUAGAUGCAAAGAGACUACUAUGGUUCAACAGAAGGCCUGUAGCUUUCAUUGCAUCUAGUAUUGGAAUGUGGUUCUCCAUCUUAGACUUCAUCAACUUUGCUGGUGUUAUAUCCAAUGCUUUCAUCAUUGCAUUCACUGCUCAAUGGGGAAGGAAGUACUCUAAUGUUGAAAAGCUUUGGAUUGUCAUAGGAUUUGAGCACAUUGUAUUUGCAGUGAAGUUCUUCAUUAUGUACAUCAUACCAGAUGUACCAUCUGAUAUAGCACUGGCUAUGAGAAGGGAGAAAUUCCAGGUGGCGAAGGUCUUGGAGGAUGCUGACACCCAGCCUCCAAUGAAAAGUAAGGACUUUAUGAGUCGAGUGAAUCCUAAUGGGUCCAACUUCAAGGGCCUUAAUUACUAUACCUCUGAAGUGGAUAGGAUUAGCAGCAGCUGUCAGUCGCUUGAACACAGUUUCAACGGCUCCAUCAAUUAUGAGGCCUCGGCUGCCGAUGCCGACGACACUUACGACAGAGAGCAUGAAAUGACUGCUGAUAGAACAGAGUUAACUUACGAUGAGAAUGGAGAUUCGUACAUAGCCAACGGCAAUCCUCCCUUAUUACCCCCUGUGGAGCCGGUCAAGAAACGCAAGAAGAAGAAGAAGGUUAAGACCCCCCGCUCAGAACCAGUUGAUCCUGACCUCCCCCCUAUCCAGGGUGCAGGGGUGUACUCCGUCAUGAAUCCAAACCUUGCUUACCCUCCUAACUAUGGUUUCCAUCCCUCCUAUAUGCCUGACAACAGCUUCAACGACACCUCUCAAGAAGUACCAGUCGCAUACCCAUUACCGGUCAGUAAUACAUUUACAGGCCCAUUCUAGCACUUCAUUCAUACUCAUCGAUAUGUAAUUUGCAAUGAAAUAUUACAUCCAUCUCAUUUUUAGUUUGUUUCUUAGAGAGUUAAUUAUUCAUCCUUUUGAAAUAUUUUUUGAGAGGCUAUUGUAAAUUGUGUGGAGAUUAUUUGUAUGUGUAUUGAGAGGCUUUUGGAUCGGGAUUGUCUCCAGUUUUCUUGACAGUUUAAGAAGAGUUGUCUAUAAGGGCUGUUUAGCGAAGAUAUAAAAAUAUUGAAAAAAGGUGAUUAUUUGUCCUGAAAUAAGUUUUAAGGUGUCCAAUUAUUUUUUUUGUGUGAAAAUGUAACAUGGUUUUUAACCUGUAGUUCAGUUAAUAAUUUCAAAGGUGUCAUUCCAUAGAGCUGUAGGUUUAAUACUUCCAAAGGGAAUAAAGAAAAUCCUUUUUAUAGGUAUUGAUGAUGAUUGCAAUAUAUAAAGUCCUUAUUUUCCUUGCAAAUAUUCUUUUGAUUUGGUAAAAAAUGUAACACUUCCAUCAUAUUAAUUUUUGUCUGAUUUUGAUGAACCUUUAUAAACCCUGUCUUUACCAGUUUACAUAGGGGUUGGUCUUGCCUUCUUUACUGCCACUGUCUGGAAUUUUGAAGUCACUAGUUUCUAACAUUCCUCUUACUAUUAUUUGAAUAGUGUAUUUUUAUAUUCAUAACUCUGUGUAAUGUCUUACCCUGCUUAUGAAUCAGUGAUGCAAAAAGUGCUAUUAUGAAAAAAUUACUUGUACUUAGAUUGCAGCUGUAGAACUGUAUUUUGUGUCAUACUGUAUGAUUAUGAAAGUAUAUGUAUGUAUUUUCUUAUUUCUGUUAUGUAUGUAUAUUUUUGCAUUGUAUGUGUAUACUGCUUUUUGAUGCAAAUUGUAGUUUGUAUAUAUUGCUUCUGCUGUAAAUAUCAAACCAGAUGUGUACAAUUAUUUUUAUCUAUCUUAUAACAUGUAAAUAUAUUAUUAAGAUAAUGUGCAGAAGUAUACAGUGCAAAGAUCAUUAGAGACUUUUUACUGUGUAAUCAUUAUCAAUCUUUCAAAUGAAGUGCAAAAUAACAGAUUGUACUUUAUCUACUUUUUGAGAAAAAAAAUUCACUCAGGUGACUUUUAUGGAAAGCUACUGAUAUUUUUUUUAUUUUUUUUAAUUUAAAGAUCUUCCAUUGGUUGCAGGGUAUGUGAAGACAAUUUUAUAAUUUAACAGGGGUGUGAUAGUAUAGCAUUUUCCCUAGCUUAUUUUCAGUUUUUUAGGGGUAUCCUAAAAAAACACCAAAAGUACAUGAGCUUUUGCAAUUUCACCUCUUUUCAUGUUCUUUAUUUUUAAAAUUAUUUUAGUCAUCCACAGCUCUGUUAUUAUCCUAUAAAAAAGGUAUGACCGGUAGUUUAAUAAUAAAAAUUUUGUAAAAUGUAUCAUGUUAACAUAUGAUUGCAACUGUUCAGUAGUAUUAAUAUUUAAGUUUGCAGAUAAUUUUUGUACUAUAAACAAACAAAUGCGCAUUAUGUUUUCAGGAAGUCUGAAAUAUACUACCUCUACCCAUGAAAUAGCUGAAAGGAACAGAUUAUGGACAUAAAAUAUUUACAUGUAAUAUUAUGCGAUUUUGAAAUGUAUAUUUCCAUACAAUUGUUUUGAACUGGGACAAUCACUUUGUAUUGUUAUAAGGCAUGUAUCAUGAAUCUUGUAAUCAAGUUUGUUGUUGGGAAGUUAAAGGGUGGGGGACUCUAGAUAGAAAUUUUUAUUUAUUUGAAGCAAAUAUUGCUUAAUUAAAAAAUAACAAUUUGUGAUUGGAUAUUUCAAAAUCUGUUUUGAUGACAAGUUUGAGAGUAUACUUGGUAUGUUUGAGAUAAUCAUGAAUGUUCCACACUAUCUGCAUUCUUUAAACUCAAUAUUAUAUCAUAUUGAGCAAGCCUUUUAUUUACACCUUUUGCUACAAAACUGUCGGCAACAAAAUUAUAAAUGUUACAUAAUGUACUUAAAGUUAAUACUUAACCUAGAAUAUGAUUACUAAGCUGUCUUUUUAUUACGUGACAUUUUUAUACAAUUACUAAAUUUAAAUUAUGAAGUGUGUGAACAUACUUUUGGGAAAAAAGAUCUUAACUUUGUAUGAAAUUAUUUUUUUUCUCCACAUUUCACAGUUGAUGUGAGAUGUGAUACAUGCAUUCCUUGUAUACAGUUGCCAAAGAAGAUUCAAUGAUUUGUCAAUGUUUAUAAUGCAUGGUUUAAGAUACCGCUACAGAUGGGCCACUUGGGGCCAUUAUGCAUGAAUCAGCUGUGUAUUAUUGUAUUAUACUUGUAUUUGACUUAAUCAUAGUUUCAUUUAUAUACAUGUUUUUUAUUAAGUAAUUAAUUUUCUCUUCUAUGUGCAAUUUCCAAAUCGCCUUGAAUCAUAUUUAAUUUCGGCAUAAAUGUGCGAUAAAGCCAGGUGAAUGAUUUUUACUAAGAUAACUGUACCUUGAUUAUGAUAGCAAAGAAAUAUAUAUAUACAUCUGAAUAUAAUAAGUACUUAAGCAGAUGAUUUACUAGAGCAGGGGAGAAAUGUACAUGCAUGCAUUGAAAGAUUAUGAUGACCUAAUGAAAACCAUUUUUUACCAAUACUUUACAAGUUCUUUGUGUUAUAGGGUACAAUAUCCUAUUACAUAAAAUGUACUCUCAAUUAUUGAAUGAAGUAUAACUGUAUGUAUAUUGCAAACCAUGUACUAAAAUUACAAUCAGUUGUAAAAAGUAUGCAUAUCUCUUGUUACAACACCCUGGGUUCCGUAACACAAAGGUUAGUGAUUAAUCGUACGCUUGAUUUUUAUGAUUGAUUGUACAUUGUAGUCAUUUCAAUCAAUCGUAGAAAAGUGUUCUACGAUCAUUGCUUAGCUUUGUGUUAUGGGACCCUGAUGACAUUAAGAUGUGAAAUUUUUUUUUAUAAAGUUUCUUAUUUUCAUGUAAAAA